AUGUCUGAUUUACAAGAUCAACAGCAAUAUGACCAACCACAGUCCUCUUCCUGGAGUCAACAGCAACAUCAAAGGCCACCGCACCGCCGCGAUCGACCCGACAGUCCCGAACCAAGACUUCCAGACAAGAUCGCCAUCAUCAACGACCAAUACUUUGACCUACAGGGCAACAACGAUGGCGAUAACGAUGACGACCGCCCCCCCAACCACGUCAACCUCGUGUUCGACCCAUCCCAACAGCAACAGGCCCGGGACAUAAAUGUGAACAUGGGGUGGGACAUCGAGCCGAGCUGGGAGGACGCCGACCUCAAAGAGUUCAGCCGGCUGGCGCGGUAUGGAUUAGUGGUGCAGGCGAAGCGGCAUUUUGCUUUGUCCACACUGCAGCAUGUGCGGCUGCAUCCGUAUAUUCAGGUGCAGUAUGUUGAGAUGUUGCUGGAUGCGGGCGAGUACCGCGCGUUUCGGGAGUUGGAGUUCUUUUCUUCGUCGCCGUCUGUGCCGCAGGUAGAAGGGGCUACGGGUACGGAUGUGGAGGAGAGACGGAGGACGGGGAAGUUGGUGGUGAAUUAUGCGUUGCUGGAUCUGCUGUCACAGCGGUCUUUUGCGCCUGAUGAUAUCGUAAUAGCACGGGGGACGCUUACUCGGACGCUAGAGGUCCUACGCGACGAACCGUUCAUGGGUUCAACGGAGCUUCAACUCCUCGCGUUCGGUGCGCGUCAUAGUGGCCCGUUCAAGGCCCUUCUAAACCAAGCUAUUUACGCAGGAAAAUCAAGACCCAAAUUUGGGUUUGACUGGACGAAGAUAUACGACAGUAUGCUUGACAUGGGCUACAUCUGGGACUUUCGGGACCUUUUCCUCGUCCUCGCUUCGUGGCACGGGUUGCCAGACUCAUUAUCCCUGUUCUAUGCCAUGGAUGAUACGUCAACAGCCCUAGAAAUCAUGGUCGAGGACUGGAGUGCUCCCCAGCUCGAUGAGGCAACGGCCCUGGGACUCUUGGACCUAUUCUCGUCGCUGAUCCUCAUGGACCACCACCCCGAGUCCAAAGAUCAGAAUAUGCUCCUGGCGCGACACGCCGUGGCGAUGGUCAAGAUUAUACGAAAAAGGGGCAACAUAGAGCUCGUCACGACGCGGCCCUAUCUAAAAUGGCUGCUGGCCCGGACCGCCUGCGAUCUGGCGCCGAGGCUCCCAAGCCGGGAUGGCUUGAAAGAGUAUGGGAUUGCCCUGUUGCCGCCGGGCGAUGGGGUCAGGCUGCCCGUGUUUGUGCCCAACCGCCAUCUGAGGAAACCCGCGUGGGACAUGUUCAGGACUCCAUCGAAGCCCCAUCAGUUCCGGAUCUCAGAACUGGUCGAGCUGGUGGCCUCCACGACGGGCGACCACAGCACACUGGCCGAGGGCUUCAAGCUGGCCAUCUCCCGGUCGGAAGACCCCAAACCCUAA